UCUGGCCGCUCCCCCCGCCGCUUCCCCCGCUCCUCCUUCCCUUCCUCUCCCCUUCUCUCCCCUCCGGCCGGGCGAGCCUCCCCCAGGCCCCCGCAAGCCCGGUGCCGUGCGCUAGGCCGCCCGCAGGGAGGCCCUGUCCGCGGCCCGGCCGUGACCCCUCCGGGGCCUGCGGGCCUCGGCCUGUGGCUAAGGGGAGAGGCGUAAAUUAACGGCAUAAUAUCACUGCGGGGUGGGGAGCGGCGGUCGGGGGUCCUUGUCCUGCCCGUCCGUUCCUCCCCGCGCUGCCGGCCCUGGGAGCGCUGGGCUGAACGGAUGCUCUGCCGCUUUACCAUCGGGUUUUCCCUUGGUCCGAGUGCACAGGUUGCUCCUGGAUUGGCUUAAGCUUGAAACAUCAGGGCUUUGACUCGCUGGCCUCUGCAGGAUGCCACACAAGAUCGGGUUUGUAGUUGUGAGUUCAUCGGGACACGAAGAUGGGUUCAGCGCCAAAGAGCUGAUGGUUCACGCACCGACAGUGAACGGGUGGCGGUCGCCCAGACUCUGUCAGUAUCCACAGGAGAUUGUCCUGCAGUUGGUGGAGAGAUGUCGAAUACGAAAACUGCAGUUGCUUGCUCACCAGUACAUGAUUUCAAGCAAAAUUGAGUUCUACAUCGGUGAAAGCUUGCCUGCAUACUUUGCUCCUUAUCAGUCAGAGAGGUUCCACAGACUAGGUUAUGUCCCUCUCUCGGACAAUGAAAAGACUGAUUUCAAAGCACGGGAGUUAAAAUCUGUGUAUAUGGAUGCAGUUGGCCAGUACCUGAAGCUGAUUUUCCAUAAAAAUUAUGUCAAUAAAUACAACUUAUAUAGUCAGGUUGCCCUAGUAGCUAUAAAUAUUAUUGGAGAUCCAGCAGACUACAGUAAUGACAGCGAUAAUACUCCUUCCAGAGAGAAGCUGAUAGACCACUACCUGGGAAUUAAAUCAGAUGAUCCUGCCUUAGAUGGAACGUACCUUGGGAAACCUGACUCCAUUUCACCUCUGGAUGAUUUGGCUUUUGACAUGUACCAGGACCCAGAAGUGGCUCAGAUAAUCCGCAGGCUGGACGAGAAGAAGCGCGAAGCUGUCCAUCACGAGCGCUACGACUACGCCAAGAAACUCAAACAGGCUAUCGCGGACUUGCAAAAGGUAGGAGAACGACUUGGCCGGUAUGAGGUGGAGAAGCGCUACGCUGUAGAGAAGGAGGAUUAUGAUCUUGCUAAAAAGAAGAAGCAGCAAAUGGAGUCGUACCGCCUGAGGGUGUAUCAGCAGCUGGAGCUCCAUGGCCUGCUGGACGCAGAGCUCGCGAUUCAGAAAACCUCUGAAUUGCCUUUGGAGUCUAUGAUUUCUACUAUCAGUCCUCAGCGGACAAAAGCUACAAAUUCCCCUCCUUGUGAGCACCCAGAACUGCAGACGGGAGAGCCGUGGAGCGCAGAGCUUUUGCUGGAGGAGAAGUUGGCAGAUCUCGCCUCUGCUGAGCCCGUCGUGCCCCACGGGUCCCCUGCUCCUCCCAUGACCCAUCCCGCAACCUCCGAGGAAGCGUUUCUCAAAGGAAAUGUUGAGUUUUUACCUUAUGAUGAGAGACCCCUUCCAGCUGUCUGCAAACAGCCCGAGGCGGCGAUGGCGUGCCCAGAGGCAGAGGCGACUGAGGGGGGUGUGAGUGGCGCCCCGAGAGGCGGCAUCGCCGGGGAGCCCGAGCCGCUGUCGGAGAAGGCGCUGAGGGAGGCCAGCCCCGCCGUGGAGGUGUUCGGAGAAGCUCUGGUUUCAGGAGCAUAUUCCAAAACCUGGUCAUACCGAGAAGAUGCGUUACUGGCCGUGUACAAGAAGCUGAUGGAGAUGUCAGUAAACACUCCAAAGGACGAUUUAAAGAACAUGCUGAGGGCUGCCGUUUUCCUUGUGAGGAGAGCCAUCAAAGACAUCGUGUCUUCAGUUUUUCAAGCUUCCCUGAAACUUUUGAAGAUGAUCAUUAGCCAAUAUAUACCAAAACAUAAACUAGGAAGACUAGAAACUUCUUAUUGUGUGGAAAAAACACUUCCAAAUUUGCUUUCUAGAACAGGGGACUCUUCAUCCCGUCUUCGCCUUUUGGCUUCUACCUUUAUUCAGGAAAUGGCUCUGAGCAGCGAAGUUAAACCUCUUCAGAUUGUUCCAGUUCAUCUGGUUCAGCCGUUGAAACCAAACUCCCCAGCACACCUGGCAAUGAGUCGAGUGGAAUUAGUGGAAUGUCUCUUGAAAGACAUGGGAACUGAGAACUCUGGGUUUACCGUCAGUAGCGUCAUGAAGUUUGCGACGGGAGCUUUGGAACACCGAGUCUGUGAAGUUCGUGAUGCAGCGUUGCGGAUUAUCUUUGCCAUGUACAGGAUGCACAGGGCUGCUAUACUGGAAUAUCUUCCCCCAGAUGACGCGAGCAUUCGCAAGAGUGUUCUCUAUAAGUCGCUCUUUGAUGGAUUUGCUAAAAUAGACGGUAAACUUUCUGAAGCUGAAAUUAGGGCACAGAGAAGGGCGGCGACAGAAGAGGCAGAGAAACAGAAGCAGGAAGAAAUAAGAGUUCUGCAGGGUCAGCUGGCAGCUCUCAAGGAGAUACAAGCAGAAGUGCAAGCUGGAAAGGAGAAAGAAUCUGAUUUUCAGAAGCCAAAGCACCAAGGUUACCAGCUGAACGAAAGCCCAGCGCCCGCAGCAGCAGAGAUCCCAGAUGGUCAUCCCUCUGUUGCAAAUUACUUGGAUAACUUAUGUAUUUUUUGUGGUGAAAGGGACGAAUCCUUCACAGAGGAGGGGUUGGAUCUGCACUACUGGAAGCACUGUCCCAUGCUAACCAGAUGUGAGCACUGCAAACAGGUGGUGGAAAUUGCGAGCCUGACGGAGCACUUGUUGACCGACUGUGACAAAAAGGACAGCUUUGGGAGGUGUCACCGGUGCUCCGAGGCCCUUCCAAAAGAUGAGUUGCCCAAACAUCUGAAGAACAAGACUUGCAAUCCUGCCAAACCAGAAGACGUGGCAAACCAUUGCCCGCUGUGCCACGACAGCUUCCCCCCGGGAGAGGAGGCCUGGAAGUUUCACCUCAUGAGCAACGAUGGCUGUAAAAUGAAUCAACGGAGGUUGUUCGCAAUGAAUAAAACUCUUCUGGUGCAGCCGGGCAAACUAGGUGGCCUGUAUUUCAGGAAGCCAGGUCCUUCAGGAGCAAAAGCUCGACCUCCCUCUAUAGGAAGCAAGAUCCCAACCCCAGUAGGGGGCCCAAAUAAAAGCACUGGCAAAACAUACUCAAAGCGAUGACAGGACAAGUAUUUUUUCCUUUGUCUUAAUAACUGGGCGUAUAGUUAUUAUUAGUUAUUUAAAACAUGUGCGCUACUCCCAUCCUCUUUGUCGUUUGGCUCCCCAGGGCUGUUCACCAGCCUGGAGUGGCUCUUGCCCAGUGCAGUGACGUUGGCGUUACUGGCUGUGCAGCGCUCCGGUUUUCUCCUAGAAACGCUGACGUUAGAAAUGUGCACGGGCCGUGGCACAGCCCUGGCUGCCCCGCUCCCCGCGCCGCGCCAGAAGCUCUGGCGUUGGCCUUCGGCUGGUUCCUCGGCUUUGAGAUCCGGUAAGGGAUUUCCUGAAGGCACAAACACCGCAGGCAUUUGUGGUUUGGCUUUAUUGGGGGGAAGAGCAAGAAACCGACUAUGCAGAAAUUGUGCUAGAUAUGCAGGACAGAGCUGAAAGGCCUUUGUUCUUUUGAUCUAAGCAUGGCACUUGUUUGCAGUAUAUAUUCUGAAGGCUUGGGCAGUAAUACCUGUAUUAGCUGACUUUACUACUUGAUCACUUCAAUGUAAUAAUUGCAGAAGAUAUUGCUAAUAGUUUUCUGCCAAAAUUGACUUUAUAACAUGCUGAAAGUACUAGUCCAAGUAAUUGUUCUUUGUCUUGCCAUCAGUCACGUGUGGUAGACAAAUAGGUUGCAGGUUAAACUGUGUGUGCUGGCUGGGUGUACCUCUGCAUCGCACCAGUGCGUUUACAGAGAAUUCAUCCCAGUUAGACUGGAUGCCAUUGAAAAUACGGAUAUGCAAGGAGCAAACCAGGCGCGUUGCGGUCGCACGGGUUCCUUCGGUGUGAUGGUGAUGUUGGUACCUCAGCAAGGCCAUCGCUCAUCGGCUCUGAUGUGCAGCCGGUGAGAUGAAAAAUGUGUGCACGUAUAGAAGGAAAUACCUGUCGGGCUGUAGGAAAUGUGCAUCUGGGGUAUCUGAAGGGCUUGUAUGAUCCUGCAUAGAUAAAGGCUGGAACCAGUCAACGGGUAAACAAUUCCAUCCAGCAGAAUCCUUCCUCACGGCUCUGCUAAAAGACAAAAGGUUUUGCUGUGGAAGCCUUUGCUAAUAUGUCAGGUUUUGAGUUUUAAUACAGUGGAGCAGCACCCAGAGCGCUGCUCAACGCCGAGAAUCAGCAGCAAAUACAACAGCGAACGGGCUGGUUGGACACUGCAUGGGAGGAACACGGAAUAGCUGUUGGCGCUGCCUCGCUGUGCACUAAGUGCCUUAUUAGUCCGCUUGACAAGAGAAUGAAGCUGAACUGUGAGAGUCCCAUUGGUGUGUAAUAAGAGUGUGUAUCGAUGGAGCUACUGUAAAAAUUCAUGUUACGCUUUAAAAUCUCACAGUUAAUUCUGAAAUAUAUCCCCAAGAAAUAGCCCCUAAAGAAAAGGAAAAAACCAACCUUAGUGGGGCACGGAGUGAUCAUGGGGGGUUGUUUUUCUUGGUUGUUUUUUUUGUUGUUUGUGGUUUUUUGUUGUUGUUUUGUUUAGUUUUGUUUUUUCUACCACAAAGUGAAUCUGCGGUAUUGUUUUGUAUGUGCAGCACUGAUUUUGUAAAAUGCGGUUUUGAUGGUUUGCGUGCAGCCUAUCCACAAGCGUUUGAAUUUUACAGGUACAUCAGCGCGCUCGUAUUUUGAAAGUCUUUAUAUAAACUGUUUCUUGAACUCUUCCAAAUAUAUAUAUAUUAGUGAUUAUAUAUAUACGCUAGGACUAUCUAUCUUAACAGAUACACAUGUAUUUUUAUUUACUUCAGUGACACCGGUUCCCAUUUGAGGACCUGGUUCCCUAUGCAAGCAGAAUAGCCAUUGGUUCUGCUGGGCGCUGGGCACAGCGGUACCGCCUGCGUCACUUCUCAAGGCUGGUUCCGCUGGGCUGCUUCCUUUCGCUUAAUAAACAACCUGUGUUUUCUGCAGUGGCAAAAUACACACUGGUGUGAAAAACACCGUGGAGUUCGUUCCUGUGCCGUGAAGUCUUGAGCAAAAUAUUCCGGAGCAAAACUGUUGCCCAGGGGCAGGUCUGGCUCGCACAAGGAGUUCUCAGGAAACUUCAGUCGGUGAUGACGGGACAUGGUUGUUGGAGGAGGAACAGACCAUCGUUCCUGCCGCGUGGGCUGUUUUCCGUCUGAUCUCUUUCUCCGCCAACCACGCUGUUUUCACCCAUCCAACCUGCAGAGCCGAGCGGGAGCAGCCGGGAAUUCAGCUAACGUGACCGCCUGGAGUUCGCUACCCCAGGAGAGCAAUUAUGUAAUUAUGCCGUCCCUAAGUACUGGAUAAGCAGAUAAGGUAUUUAAAGCCUAGAGCUUUUAUCGCUAUCAUUUCAAGAGAAAAGAGUCGCUUGGGUUGAGCAUCUAAGUUAUUUUUAUUGCACUUAUUUAAUAAAUGUGUUUAGCGAGUUCA